GAGCGGGCAGCGCGCGGGCUGCGGAGCCGGCAGCGCCAUGGAGUUCCGGCUGGAGGCGCACCGCAUCGUCAGCAUCUCGCUGGGCAAGAUCUACAGCGCGCGGGGCCAGCGCGGCGGCCUCAAGCUGCACAAGAACCUGUUGGUGUCGCUGGUGCUGCGCAGCGCCCGCCGGGUCUACCUGGGCGAGCCCGGUGGCGAGUGCGCUCUGCCGCCCCGCCCGGGCCCGCCGCCCCCGGACUGCGAGAGGCUGCGGCGCGGCUGCCGCCCGUUGGGCUCGGAGGCGGCGGCGCGGGGGCGGGCGGAAUGCCUGGCCGAGUCCCCCCGGAAGCGGAGCGCAGCCGAGCGGGGCCAGGCGGCGGGCUCCCCGGGGAAGAAGCCGCGGCGUGAGGCGGAGCCGCCCCCGCCGCAGGAGGACAUGGAGACCGGCAACGUGGCCAGCCUCAUCAGCAUCUUCGGCUCCGGCUUCUCGGGGCUGCUGGGCAAGGAGCGUGGCGCGGCGGAGGCGUCCGAGCCGGGGCAGGUCUGCUGCGAGCAGCCGGUGCUGCGGAGCCUCAACCCCUGGAGCACGGCCAUCGUGGCCUUCUGAGCCCCGCCGCCGACUGGCCGCGCCGCGGCACCGGCGGGCGGAGGGCCGGGACUGGCUUCCUUCCAAGCAGGCAGGAAGCUCUGGCCGACGCUGGGGACUUUUGAGCCUUGCCCCGCCGCCCUGGGCAGCAGCAGCAGCACUUCACUUCUC